AUGGGUAAAUGGAAACACAUUGACAUGUUUGGUGAGGAGUUCAAUACUAGGUCCAACAACAGCGACUCAUCAUCUUCGGAUGACGAACUCAUCUUCCCCAAAUAUGAUUAUAUGGAGGAUAUCACUCCGACUCCGGAGACAUGGGAACCCUCACCUAUUGGCAUUCCGACCAUAUGUUACUGUGGAAAACCAGCUGUGCUUAAGACUCAAACAAUUGGGUUGUUGACUGGUCAAAAAUUCUACUCUUGUUCUGGUAAUAUUCGUGAUGGAGAUUGUCACAUUUACAAGGAGUUGGCUGUUGCAAUCUUGGAGGAGAUUACUUUAACCAAAACCAAAUUGGGAGAAAUAGAAGAUCGCYUUUUGCAAGAGCAGAAGAAGUUUGAAGAGAUGSUCAAYUUUUGCAAGRAACAGACCGAAAAAAUCAUUGAAAGCACUCAGAAGAAAGUCGAUUACCUAAGAGAGAUGGUUUGCAGACAUCAUGCAAAGGUAGAGGAUUUGAUGAUGGAGUUGGAGAGUUGA